UUGAAACGGGAGAUAUCGAACAUAUCGAACAAUAUCUUAAAUAGUCUUGAAUAUUUGCAAAAACGGGAAAUUCUUAAAGAAGACUUUAAAAAAAAAGUGUUAUCGCAUUCGUUUAACGACUGAUUUCAAACAGUAUUAAACGUGUAUUGUCUGUAACAAGGCGAAGAUUGAUAUCAUCGUCAGACCCUAAUAACAAUAUAAAUAUAGAUACGUUUCCAAAAGCAGAGCAAAAGUGGUACGGAAGAUCAGAUUUUAAAUAAAGAUUAUGGAGAAUUUUACCCCGAAAGAGGUGAAAAUCCUCGAAACUGUUGAGGAUAUUCAAGAGCGACGCGAACAGGUUUUGUCACGUUACAAUGAAUUUAAGAUUGAGACUCGUCAAAAACGUGAAAAGCUGGAAGACUCCAGACGUUUUCAGUAUUUUAAGCGUGAUGCUGAUGAACUUGAGUCGUGGAUCAAUGAAAAGUUGCAGGCAGCUAGUGAAGAAAGUUACCGAGAUCCUACUAAUUUGCAGGCAAAAAUUCAAAAGCAUCAAGCUUUUGAAGCUGAAGUAUCUGCGCAUAGCAAUGCUAUCGUCUCUUUGGAUAACACCGGUCAAGAGAUGAUCAAUCAAACUCAUUUUGCAUCAGAAACCAUCCGUCGUCGUCUCGACGAAUUGCAUCGCUUGUGGGAACUAUUAUUAAGUCGUUUGGCUGAAAAAGGUCAAAAAUUACAACAAGCUUUGGUUUUGGUCCAAUUUUUGCGUCAAUGCGAGGAAGUUAUGUUCUGGAUUAAAGACAAAGAAGCUUUUGUGACGGCAGAUGAAUUCGGCCAGGAUUUGGAACACGUUGAAGUUUUACAGCGCAAAUUCGAUGAGUUUCAAAAGGAUAUGGCCUCUCAAGAGUAUCGCGUUACUGAAGUCAAUCAAUUAGCCGACAAACUUAUUCAAGAUGCUCACCCUGAUCGCGAUACUAUUACAAAACGUAAAGAUGACCUAAAUGAGGCUUGGCAACGCCUUAAGCAACUUGCUAUCGUACGUCAAGAAAAGCUAUUUGGAGCCCACGAAAUUCAACGCUUUAAUCGGGAUGCAGAUGAAACUGUCGCUUGGAUUGCUGAAAAAGACGUUGUUCUCUCUUCCGAUGAUUACGGUCGUGACUUGGCCAGUGUGCAAGCUUUACAACGUAAACACGAAGGAGUUGAACGUGAUCUUGCUGCUUUAGAGGACAAAGUUUCCACCCUAGGUGCUGAAGCUCAACGAUUGUGCUCAAUUCAUGCUGAUCACAGCGACCAAAUCCGGGAUAAACAAGCCGAGAUAGCCAACUAUUGGCAAAGCCUAAAAGCUAAAGCUGGCGAACGAAAGCAAAAAUUGGAUGAAUCCUAUUUCUUGCACCGUUUUUUGGCUGACUUUCGCGAUUUGGUCUCUUGGAUCAAUGGCAUGAAAGCUAUUAUCUCAGCCGAUGAAUUGGCUAAAGAUGUGGCUGGAGCUGAAGCUCUUUUAGAACGUCAUCAAGAACAUAAGGGCGAAAUAGACGCCCGUGAAGACAGUUUUAAAUUAACGAUUGAAUCUGGACAAAAAUUAUUAGAGCGUGAACACUACGCCGCCGCAGAAAUUCAAGAAAAGUUAGCUGCUUUAGAGAAUGAUAAAAGCUCGUUGCUUUCUUUGUGGGAAGACAGGCGCAUCCUAUAUGAGCAGUGUAUGGAUUUGCAGCUGUUUUACCGCGACACGGAGCAAGCUGAUACCUGGAUGGCUAAGCAGGAAGCCUUUUUAGCCAACGAGGACUUAGGCGAUUCUUUAGACUCGGUUGAAGCACUAAUUAAAAAGCAUGAGGACUUUGAAAAGAGUUUGGCUGCUCAAGAAGAGAAAAUUAAGGCUCUUGAUAUUUUUGCAACUAAACUGAUCGAUGGGCAACAUUACGCUGCCGAUGACGUAGCACAGCGUCGACAAAUGUUACUUGCGCGUCGUGCCGCCCUUCUUGAGAAAUCAAAUAAGCGACGACAACUAUUAGAAGAUUCCAACCGUUAUCAACAGUUUGAACGCGAUUGUGAUGAGACUAAAGGUUGGAUUAGUGAAAAAUUAAAAUUCGCCACUGACGACAGCUACUUGGAUCCCACAAAUCUUAAUGGAAAGAUGCAGAAGCAUCAGAAUUUUGAACAUGAAUUAAAUGCUAAUAAAUCGCGUAUUGAGGACAUUACCACGGUGGGAUCUGAACUGAUUGAGAAAGGACACUAUGCAGCAGAUCAAGUCAAUACUCGUAUGCAAGAAAUUGUGGUCUUAUGGGAAACUCUAGUACAAGCAUCCGAUAAGAAAGGUUGCAAGUUACAUGAAGCUUGCCAGCAACAGCAAUUCAAUCGUACAAUCGAGGACAUCGAGUUAUGGUUGAGCGAAAUUGAAGGUCAACUGAUGUCCGAAGAUCAUGGCAAAGACUUAACUUCUGUGCAAAAUUUGCAAAAGAAACAUGCUUUGCUUGAGGCUGAUGUAAUGGCCCACCAAGACCGUAUAGAAAGCAUCAAAGUAGCGGCUAACAAAUUUAUCGAGUCUGGUCAUUUUGACGCUGAUAACAUACGUCAAAAAGAAAGUAACCUGUCAUCUCGUUACGCAUCUUUGGCUGCUCCGAUGGCCGAACGCAAACAGCAUUUGAUGGAUUCGUUGCAAGUUCAGCAAUUAUUCCGAGAUUUAGAAGACGAAGCAGCUUGGAUACGUGAAAAAGAACCGAUUGCUGCUUCUACUAAUCGCGGCCGCGACUUGAUAGGAGUGCAAAAUCUAAUAAAAAAACACCAAGCUGUUAUGGCUGAGAUUAAUAACCACGAAGCACGCUUACUCAACGUAAUUAGCUCCGGCGAAAAUAUGCUAAAAGAUCAACCAUUUGCUAGUGAUGAUAUCCGUCAACGUUUAGAUGCUUUACAAGAGCAAUGGAAUAAUUUAAAAGAUAAAUCCAACCAACGUAAGCAGGAUUUGGAAGAUUCACUGCAAGCUCAUCAAUACUUCGCCGAUGCAAAUGAAGCCGAGUCUUGGAUGCGCGAAAAGGAGCCUAUCGCUACCAGCAACGAUUAUGGCAAAGAUGAAGAUUCGUCUGAAGCGUUAUUAAAAAAACACGAAGCCUUGGUUUCCGAUUUAGAAGCUUUCGGUAACACCAUUCAAGCGUUGCAAGAACAGGCUAAAAAUUGCCGACAACAGGAAACUCCAGUUGUUGAUAUAACCGGUAAGGAGUGCGUGGUAGCUUUAUAUGAUUAUACUGAAAAAUCGCCGCGGGAAGUCUCAAUGAAAAAAGGUGAUGUACUCACUUUGCUUAAUUCUAAUAAUAAAGAUUGGUGGAAAGUUGAAGUAAACGAUCGUCAAGGCUUCGUGCCGGCUGCUUACAUCAAAAAAAUUGAAGCUGGUCUAAGUGCCAGCCAACAAAAUUUGGUAGACAAUCACUCAAUCUCUAAAAGACAAGCUCAAAUUAACUCACAGUACGACAAUUUGUUAACAUUGGCUCGUGAACGUCAAAAUAAAUUAAAUGAAACCGUCAAGGCUUAUGUGCUAGUCCGUGAAGCUGCUGACCUUACUAAUUGGAUAAAAGAUAAAGAGAACCAUGCCCAAAUCGCUGACGUAGUUGGCGAAGAUUUAGAGGAAGUUGAAGUACUCCAAAAGAAAUUCGACGACUUCACCGAUGAUCUAAAGGCUAAUGAAGUACGGUUAGCUAACAUGAAUGAGAUUGCAAUUCAAUUGACUUCUUUAGGGCAAACCGAAGCUGCAAUGAAAAUUCAGACACAAAUGCAAGAUCUCAAUGAGAAAUGGAACAAUUUACAACAGUUGACUGCCGAAAAGGCUAGUCAACUCGGUUCAGCUCACGAAGUUCAACGUUUCCAUCGCGACAUUGACGAAACCAAAGACUGGAUAGCUGAGAAGGAAAACGCUAUCAACAAUGACGAUUUAGGAAAAGAUUUACGAAGUGUUCAAACGUUGCAGCGUAAACAUGAAGGUGUGGAACGUGAUUUAGCUGCUUUGCGUGACAAAAUACGGCAGUUGGACGAGACUGCCAACCGAUUAAUGCAGUCACAUCCUGAUACGGCCGAGCAAACCUAUUCUAAGCAAAAAGAAAUAAAUGAAAUGUGGAAUCAGAUCAUAACUAAAGCCACUGCCCGUAAAGAAAAACUUUUAGAUUCAUACGAUUUACAACGUUUCCUUAGCGAUUAUCGCGACUUAUUAGCUUGGAUUAGUUCUAUGAUGAGUUUAGUAACAUCUGACGAAUUGGCUAGUGAUGUGACUGGGGCCGAGGCUCUCAUUGAACGUCAUCAAGGUCAUCGAUCCGAAAUCGAAUAUAUGUUUGGAAAUAGUACCGCAAAAAGCUUCUUCCACCCAACAUCAAAAGAGGAGCACCGAACUGAAAUCGAUGCCCGUGCUGGCACCUUUGCUGCUUUCGAACAAUUUGGAAAUGAACUUUUGCAAGCAAAUCAUUAUGCUUCACCUGAGAUUAAGAACAAGAUUGAAGAUUUGGGUAAGACUCGCGAAGAAUUGGAAAAAGCUUGGACUGAAAGACGUUUGCAAUUGGAGCAGAAUCUUGAUUUGCAGUUGUAUAUGCGUGAUUGCGAACUAGCUGAGGCUUGGAUGUCUGCUCGCGAAGCUUUUCUAAAUGCUGACGACGUCGACGAUAAAGGAGACAACGUCGAAGCUUUGAUAAAGAAACAUGAAGACUUUGAUAAAGCCAUCAAUGGUCACGAAGAGAAAAUCGCUGCUUUACAAGUAUUAGCUGAUACCCUAAUCAAUCAAAACCAUUAUGCUUCUGACUUGAUUGACGGUAAACGCAAACAAGUUUUGGAACGUUGGCGCCAUUUGAAAGAAGGCUUAAUCGAGAAGCGAUCACGUUUGGGUGAUGAACAAACUUUGCAGCAGUUUUCCCGUGAUGCUGACGAAAUCGAGAAUUGGAUUGCUGAAAAAUUGCAAUUAGCUACUGAGGAGAGUUACAAAGAUCCGGCAAACAUUCAAUCCAAACAUCAGAAACAUCAAGCUUUCGAGGCUGAAUUAGCAGCGAAUGCUGAUCGCAUUCAAAGUGUUCUGGCGAUGGGUGAAAAUCUAAUACACAAAAAGCAAUGCAGUGGCUCAGAGGAUGCAGUGCAAAAACGUCUUACUCAAAUUGCCGAUCAAUGGGAAUAUCUCACUCAUAAGACUACUGAGAAAUCUUUAAAACUGAAAGAAGCCAACAAGCAACGCACCUAUAUAGCUGCUGUUAAGGAUUUAGACUUCUGGUUAGGCGAAGUUGAAAGUCUAUUAACCACCGAAGAUUCUGGCAAAGAUUUGGCUUCGGUUCAAAAUCUUAUGAAGAAACACCAAUUAGUCGAGGCCGAUAUUAUAUCUCAUCAGGACCGCAUAAAAGAUAUGAAUAAACAAGCUGAUUCGCUGGUUGAAAGCGGUCAAUUCGAUAGCGCUGGCAUUCAAGAAAAACGCCAGACGAUUAAUGAGCGCUAUGAGCGUAUUUGCAAUUUAGCGGCCCAUCGCCAAGCUCGUCUUAAUGAGGCAUUAACAUUGCAUCAAUUUUUCCGUGACAUUGCUGACGAAGAAAGCUGGAUUAAAGAGAAAAAACUGUUGGUGGGAUCUGAUGACUAUGGUCGUGACCUGACCGGCGUCCAAAAUUUGAAAAAGAAGCACAAACGCCUAGAAGCCGAAUUGGGUUCACACGAACCAGCUAUACAAGCAGUUCAAGAGGCUGGUGAAAAAUUAAUGGAUGUUUCCAAUUUAGGUGUUCCUGAAAUAGAACAACGUUUAAAAGCUUUGAAUCAAGCAUGGGCCGAAUUAAAGAAUUUGGCGGCUACUCGCGGUCAAAAGUUGGAUGAAUCCUUGACAUAUCAGCAAUUCCUGGCCCAGGUGGAGGAGGAGGAAGCGUGGAUUACUGAAAAACAACAGCUUUUAUCAGUCGACGAUUAUGGAGAUUCAAUGGCUGCUGUCCAGGGUUUGUUGAAAAAACACGACGCUUUUGAAACGGACUUCGCCGCGCACAAAGAUCGUUGCGCUCUAAUUUGCGAGCAGGGCAAUACAUUGAUGGAAGCAAAGAACCAUCAUGGGGAUUCCAUUGGUCAACGCUGUCAACAAUUACGUAAUAAGUUGGAAAAUCUGAAUGCUUUAGCUGCUAGGCGUAAGGGUUCUCUGUUGGAUAAUUCCGCCUAUUUGCAAUUCAUGUGGAAAGCUGAUGUCGUGGAGUCAUGGAUAGCUGAUAAAGAGAAUUAUGUACGUUCGGAUGAGUAUGGACGUGAUCUUUCGACUGUACAGACUCUUUUAACUAAACAAGAGACAUUUGAUGCUGGUCUUAAUGCAUUUGAACAGGAAGGUAUUCACAACAUAACUACACUGAAGGAUCAACUUAUCAAUGCCAGUCAUGCUCAAUCGCGAGCCAUUCUUAAACGUCACGAAGAUGUGAUUUCGCGUUGGCAGAAAUUGCGUGAUGCAUCCGAGACACGCAAACAACGGCUUCUCGCCAUGCAGGAGCAAUUUCGCCAAAUCGAAGAACUCUAUUUGACAUUCGCCAAGAAGGCCUCGGCCUUCAAUUCUUGGUUCGAAAAUGCCGAAGAGGAUCUUACUGAUCCUGUUCGCUGCAAUUCGAUCGAAGAAAUACGCGCCUUACGCGAUGCCCACGCCCAGUUUCAGGCGUCGUUAUCGUCAGCAGAAGCUGACUUUAAGGCCUUGGCAGCUCUUGACCAGAAAAUCAAGAGCUUCAAUGUUGGACCUAAUCCUUAUACUUGGUUCACCAUGGAAGCUCUUGAAGAGACAUGGCGCAAUCUGCAAAAGAUCAUAGAGGAACGAGAUGGCGAACUUGCCAAAGAGGCUAAGCGUCAAGAGGAAAAUGACAAGUUGCGUAAAGAAUUCGCCAAGCAUGCUAACUUAUUCCAUCAGUGGCUAACCGAGACAAGGUUUUAUAUGCUGGGUUAUAAUGGUCAAGGAACGUCAAUGAUGGAAGGUUCCGGUUCUUUGGAACAACAAUUAGAAGCACUUCGCGUCAAAGCAACGGAGGUGAGGGCGCGUCGUGUCGAUUUAAAGAAGAUCGAAGAGCUGGGUGCUUUGUUGGAGGAACAUUUAAUAUUAGAUAAUCGUUACACAGAACACUCUACUGUGGGCUUAGCUCAACAAUGGGAUCAAUUAGAUCAAUUGUCGAUGCGUAUGCAACAUAAUUUGGAGCAGCAGAUACAAGCCCGUAAUCAUUCUGGAGUUUCAGAAGACUCUCUUAAGGAAUUCUCAAUGAUGUUCAAACAUUUCGAUAAGGAUAAGAGUGGUAAACUUAACCAUCAGGAAUUCAAAUCUUGUUUACGCGCACUGGGUUAUGAUUUACCUAUGGUUGAGGAAGGUCAACCUGAUCCUGAAUUUGAAGCCAUACUUAACGUAGUAGAUCCGAACCGUGAUGGCUACGUGUCAUUGCAAGAGUACAUCGCCUUCAUGAUUUCGAAGGAAACCGAAAAUGUGCAAUCUUACGAAGAAAUUGAGAAUGCUUUCCGCGCUAUUACUGCCUCCGAUCGUCCUUACGUUACCAAGGAGGAAUUAUACUGCAAUCUUACCAAGGAUAUGGCCGACUAUUGUGUGCAGCGCAUGAAACCGUAUAUUGAACCCCGCUCUAAUCAACCCAUCAAAGAUGCUUUAGAUUACAUAGAAUUCACACGAACACUGUUCCAGAACUAAAUUUAAUUUUUUCAAUUCGAAGAAUCUGCUUUUAUUGGUAGACACUUUGACUAACGGCAGUUUAGCAUUGGUCAUACGAAUCUGCGCAAAGCAAUAUCAUUUUCUUUGUAAUUUUAUAUUACUUGUUAAACACUCAACUUUUUGCAUUUAUACACCCAAUUUUUCCAAAUGCUAGCGAACAUUUAAAAGCGGAGGCGACGAUCAUAGUUCAGACUAAUAAAAAAUAUUGCUGGAUCUUCUCUUCUUACGGAACGAAAUUUUAUAUUUAAUAAUUAAAUAAAUUAAUUAACCAAGUAAUAAUUAGCCGAACCUUAAAUAUUAUGAGCAA